GUACAAAUCGAACUCCCUUUUCAGUUUUCUUUCCCUCAUUCAUCUUGUCUAGAGACAGAGGGAACAGUAUUGCUUAUCUUUUGGCAAGCCAAGAACCCUUAUUUGUUCCCCAGUUCCUCUGCUUCUCGCCCAUCUCCCUCACGCGUCUUUUCCCAUUCUGCACACCGAAAGAGAGAACGGUGGACACGCCUCUCACCUCCUCUCACGGCGGAGUUCCGAACUGUUGGUCCCGCCAUAUCCGGUGGUUCGCGGGUGCUACUGAGACCACGAUUGGACUUCCCUUAAACAGCAUCAUCUUCACCAAAUUAGGGUGAUUGGGUUUCUGUUUAAGGCUUGAGGAUUUGCUCAGGUGAUGGCCGAGUUGCUUGGCUGAUGGGGGUGAUUUGGGGGGUCGAUCAUGGUGAUUGCAAUUUUGGAAACCAUCGUCCCUUUCGAGUUCUAGAGCCAACCAGUGAACACUUUGGUUGCCACGGAAUACUCGGACGACAACUCUAGUCGCCGUCGAUUACUCUGCCUCCGGGCAGAGACAAAUACUCCGGUGACUUCUGAUCUGCAUAGCUAGCUGCAUUAUAAGAUAUGGAUGUUGAUGUAGAUCAUUAUCUUGUUCUGGGGCUGCCCUCGGGUGAGGAAGGCGCCAAGCUUAGUGUGGAUGACAUUAAAAAAGCAUACAGGUCAAAGGCUCUAGAGUUGCACCCAGACAAGAGGCCAGGUAAUAAACAAGCCCUCGCUGAUUUUCAAAAGCUUCAGACAUCCUACGAGAUUCUCAAGGAUGAAAAGGCCAGGAAGUUGUUUGAUGAUCUUCUACGGGUUAAGCGUGAGCAGCAACGUCGACAGUCAGAGCGGAGUUCCAAACGUGAUGCCAAGCGGCAGAAGAUGGUUUCUGACCUUGAAGAAAGGGAGCAGGCCGCUUUUGCUCCUGACCCUACUGCAAAAGAACGAGAAGAAGAGGAGAGAAUUGCUAAGAAGCUGAGAGAAGAGAUUGCAAGAAUACGAGCGAUGCACACAAAUAAAGGUGCAAACAUGGCAUCGGCUACAAGUAGAGAGUCAUCAGGAGUUAGGAAGGAGGAUAUGGAUACCACUGGGGCUAGGGUGGAUAAGGAGAAGGUGCUUAAAGUUUCGUGGGAGAAGGUUGGUGAAGAUUACACUGCAGAGGGGUUAAGAGAGUUGUUUUCAAAGUUUGGUGAGGUGGAUGAUGUUGUCAUUAAGAGUUCCAAGAAAAAAGGUUCAGCACUUGUUGUAAUGGCGACUAAAGAUGCAGCAGUUGCCGCUACAGGAAGUGUGUGUGGUCAUCUCUCUAAUCCUUUGCUAGUUUUACCUCUUCAACCACCAAAGGCAGCUGAGACUUCAAGUGCCCCAAGAUCCACAGAACCUGAUAGACUAAGUUCUUUGGUUGGGCCUGGUUAUGCUGCAUUUGAAGAUACAGUCUUGAUGAAACUCCAAAAGGCUGCACAAAAGCAAAAUUGACAUGCAAGAUAUUCAAGGAAGAAGUUCCUGUGUCUCAUGAUCUCCCUGAACUGUAAUAUUUAGCUGAGGACCCCCUUUCUGCAUAUUGCUUCCUGAAGAUUGGGCCACAGAAAAGUUUGCCGUCUUUGACUUGAUUAUUAUCGAUUUUAUUCAUUUGAUGUAACAUUUAAAUCAUUUUGUGUGAGGUUUACACUGUAUGUUACCAUGUAACAAUCAGAGUUUUGAAUAGUUUCAUAUUGUCCAAUCAUUUUGAAUUGUAUCAAGGGAAAAAGCUUCACAUUAAAAACUGUCAAAUCUAAAUCCAAAAAAUACUUUUCAA